CCCUUCUGUCCUCGUGGUGUGAGGAACUGGGGCGUCUCCUACUCCUCCGCCACCAGAAGAACAGGCAGAACGAGCCUCCAGGAAAAGUGCCAAUGCAGCCCCCGAUGAGCUCCAUGAAGCCCGGCCUCUCACACGGAGAUGGGUCUUUUCCGUACGACUCAGUUCCGUGGCAACAAAACACCAAUCAGCCUCCAGGUUCAGUGUCUGUGGUGACCACGGUCUGGGGGGUGACCAACACGUCACAGAGCCAGGUGUUGGGGAAUCCCAUGGCCAACAACAGCAAUCCUUUGAACCCUGGGGGUAAUCCUUUGGGUUCAGGUAUGUCUGGUAAUAAUCCGGGGAUGAACUCGCCUCAGUUCCCCAGUCCACAGCAGCAGUUCCCCAACAAAGGCAARGCAAACCAGGGCUACAUGCAGCAGGGUAUGUACGGACGACCCAACUACCCUGGAGGAGGAGGCUUUGGUGGCAAUUACCCCGGAGGGCCAAAUGCUGGACCCGGUGGGAUGGGCAUCCCUUCAAACUCCCGUCCUCCGUCAGAUUUCACCCAGCCUGCUGCUGCUGCUGCAGCGGCCGCAGUUGCUGCAGCUGCUGCCACUGCGACUGCCACCGCCACCGCAACUGUGGCUGCCCUGCAGGAAACCCAGAACAAGGACAUGAACCAAUACGGACCGAUGAGUUCCUCUUUCCAGAUGGGACCAAACCAGGCGUACAGCAGCCAGUUUAUGAACCAGCCUGGACCUCGUGGCCCUCCAUCUCUCCCUGGAAACAUGGGUGCAGGAAUGAACACGUCCAACAUGAGCGGUCCCCCAAUGGGAAUGAGCCAACCCAGGGGCCAAGGCAUGGGGCCUUUUGGGGCCCACGGCCAAAGAAUGCCCCAGCAGGGUUACACGGGACCCCGGCCACAGGGCAUGGGUAUGCAGGGCAUAAAAAGACCAUAUCCAGGAGAGCCAACUUAUGGUGGGCAGCAGUAUGGACCAAACAACCAGUUCCCUAGCCAGCAGGGGCAGUACCCCACACCCAAUGCCUCUAGGCCGCUGCCGUCCCCCAACUACCCCGGUCAGAGGAUGCCAGGACAGCAGCUCCAAGGGCAGUACCCGCCACACGGUGGUCCCAUGGGCCAGUACUAUAAGCAAGAGCCACCUUUCAAUGGUCAAACAAAUAACUUUUCAGGGAGUGGAUACCAGUACAACCAGGGUAACAUGAAUGGGCCUCCACGACCAGUUGGGAACUACCCACACUCCCCAGUGCCAGGCAACCCCACCCCUCCCAUGACUCCAGGGAGUAGCAUCCCUCCAUACCUGUCGCCAAACCAGGAUGUGAAGCCACCCUUCCCUCCUGACAUCAAACCAAAUAUCACGGCUCUCCCGCCACCUCCAGGCAACCACAACGAGGAGCUGCGCCUGACGUUCCCAGUUCGAGACGGGGUCGUCUUGGAGCCCUUCAGGCUAGAACAUAACCUGGCUGUCAGCAACCACGUCUUCCACUUACGGCCCUCUGUGCACCAGACACUCAUGUGGAGAUCGGACCUGGAGUUGCAGUUUAAGUGCUACCACCACGAGGACCGCCAGAUGAAUACCAACUGGCCGGCAUCGGUCCAAGUCAGCGUUAAUGCCACACCGCUCACGAUUGAGCGUGGCGACAACAAAACAUCACACAAACCCCUGCACUUGAAACACGUAUGCCAGCCAGGAAGGAACACGAUCCAGAUCACAGUCACCGCCUGCUGCUGUUCGCACUUGUUUGUGCUGCAGCUGGUACACAGGCCGUCYGUCCGCUCGGUCCUGCAGGGCCUCCUAAAGAAGAGGCUGCUGCCUGCGGAGCACUGCAUCACCAAAGUCAAGAGGAACUUCAGCAGCGUCGCGGCGUCAACGGGGAACGCCACGCUCAACGGAGAGGACGGCGUGGAGCAGACGGCCAUCAAGGUUUCCCUCAAAUGUCCAAUCACCUUCCGACGAAUACAACUUCCAGCGAGAGGCCAUGACUGCAAACACGUUCAGUGUUUUGAUUUGGAGUCGUAUUUACAACUGAACUGUGAGCGGGGGACAUGGAGAUGUCCUGUAUGCAAUAAAACAGCGUUGCUAGAAGGACUUGAAGUGGACCAGUACAUGUGGGGAAUUCUGAAUGCCAUUCAAAACUCCGAGUUUGAGGAAGUCACAAUCGACCCAACAUGUAGUUGGCGGCCGGUUGCUAUCAAAUCUGACAUCCAUAUCAAGGAGGAUCCUGAUGGACCGCUAGCAAAGAGGUUUAAGACGAUGAGUCCCAGCCAGAUGAUCAUGCCCAACGUGAUGGAUAUGAUUGCUCAACUCGGACCCGGACCUUCGCCGUACCCAUCGUUGCCCUCUGGCCAAGGUGGCAAUAACAGCGAAUACGGACACCAAGGCAACAGUUACCAAGGACACGGGAACUUUGAUUUCCCCCACAGCGCCCCUGGUGGUACGUCAAUGAAUGACUUCAUGCACGGCCCCCAGCUGUCUCACCCACCUGACAUGCCCAGCAGCCUGAUGACACAAGACAAGCCCCUGUCGCACAACAUGCCUGAAUCUAUACCUCAUUCUGUCGGCCCUGACCAGACGCACGGCCCCCUGCAACAGAGCUUACAUGCGUCUCCGCACCCUGGGAGCCAAUCGGGGCAGCAGCUACACCACAGCGGGCCUCCCCAGCCCUCGCGGCAAGCUCCGCCCCCUCAGCAACAACAGCAACCGCAGCAGCAGCUGCAGCAGCCUGGCCCCAACAACCAUCCCCACAACGACCUGACCUUCAACCCCUCCAGCAGUUUGGACAGCCAAGCGGGGUCYGACAUGCCCGAGCCAUCGUUAGAUCUUCUUCCCGAACUUGCCAACCCAGAUGAACUGUUGUCAUACCUGGACCCCCCGGACCUCCCCAGCAAUAGCAACGAUGAUCUUCUAUCGCUCUUCGAAAGCAACUGAGGCGAUUUCAGACAUGAACUUCUCUGAUUGCCUGCAGCUUCCCCGAGAAACCAUGGCAGUUACUCAGUACUUGAUAAACACAAAGAUGCACUCCUUUUCUCUUCUUCCUCUUGUACAAUUUUCCUUCGCCAGCGCAGAUUGACUACGACAUUUUCAAACUCAAAAAGACACGGCAGAACCUGGCCGGGUUACCGCACCCUCCCACCCUGUGGUGAUACCUUUGACUGUGCAGCUAUAGUUGAUUUUUUUUCUUUCUUCUUUUUUUCUUUUUUUUUUUUACACCACACACGUAUGUGUGCUCAUUAGGAAUGUGUUGUAGCAUUUUUAAAUAAGUUUUUGUUUUCUUUAAAAAAAAAAAGAAAAGAAAAGGAAUUCCUUGUAUAAACCUGAAAAAUAACAAAAAAAAUCUGUAUCUGGCCAGUGUGUGUUACGUUUUGUAGUCUGAGAGGCCACAACCUCAUGGUGUCAUCGCUCCAUUCCCUGACUGGUCUGGUUUGUCACACUGUUUUUGUCCACCAUCUGUUACAAAGCACAAAAAAAAUUUCAGGCACUGCAAAAAAAAAAUUAAAACAGGGAAAAAAUGUCUUUAUAAAAGAAAUGAAAUCAGUUUAUGUCAAAAUGUUUUCUAGAAAUUUGCUGCCAACGUUUUARUGAUUGGCUUCCAAUUCUGUCAUUUGUACUUCAAUCGGUUUUGUGAAGUUUGACUCUUUUCCCACAAAAAAAAAAAAAAAACAUUUAUGAGAAUCCGGUCUUCUACGCAUUGCGAUGUUAUCCACCUGUAAAGACGAGUGUUCUAUUUUAUUUAAUUUGUAUUUUUUAAUGAAAAGGUACAUCAUGAGAGAUUGGGGUUCCUGUGACGAUCUUGCCACGUUUAUUGCUUCCAUCAGCGUCUCCUUCCUUCCACGUCGCCCGCUCUGCAUGAGCCUUGUUGUCAGCACGUUUGCAAAGCUGCAUCUCUCUCUCCUCGGUGAACGAUGUGCUGUUAAAGUCGUGUACAAAGUGCAUGUGUGCCAAGCCCUCGUCUAGUGCUGUUCCAAAGUGGUGAAAAAAACAAAAAAGGAAAAAAAGGAUUUUUUACCGACACUUGUUUUCCACAAAGUUUGGAUUUUAUUUAACACUAACAUUGAAGGGUUAAUGCUGGUUUUUAAGUCUUCUAGUUCCUUUUUUUUCCUCUCUCUCUCUCAUUGUUCGCGUUGCUGCAUAUUUAAACCGAUCCAUUUAUCUUUUGGAAACUUGCUUACCAAAGCUCGAGGAAUGAGAAUGGAAAUGUUUGUGUUUGCUCAAUCCUGUGUAAGACUGCAAGGAGAUGCUUAUGACUGAGUGUGCGUCUGUGUGUGUGUCUGUGUGAUGGGAAGCGAUGGUCGGACAGGAAACUGUUGAGCCAUCCCUGCGGUGGAAGAAGUGAAUUUCAAAGCAGUAUUGGUGCAAACUUUUUUUCUUUUUUUUUUUGUUUUGUUUUGUUUUGCCACAUUUGUUUUCAAUUUUCACUUUUGGAGAAGAGUGCUGUUCAGUAUGCAAAUGUAUUAUUUUUUAAGAAAAUGCUAUCGUACUGUAAAUAUCAUUGUGAAUAUUUUUGUAUCAUCUUAAUAAUGUUCGUCCUCUGAUCACAAGUCGUCCAGCCCUAUAAGCGCUCCCAGAUCGGACUGUAGAACCAGCUGUCUCGCCCUCGUCGUCCGGAGGAAACCAGUUGAAACGUCUCAUAAGCUAUCCCCGCCCGUUUCCCUCCUCACUUCUCAUACCUCGCUGUCUGUUUUGCGUCUCUUUCCUCCGCUCACCGGGAUCAUGCUGCAUUUGCUUUUAGUUUGAAGCAAUACUUUCUUCCAGGCUAAAUGUGUGUUGAUCAAGUCAUGAAUUUCUCUAAACAUUUGAUCUGAGCAGUGGGGUGGGGGGGCUUUGAAAAUGAGGCGGUAUCAGCUGGCUGUCAYUGUAACUGUUGAUCUAUAUAAAUAUCACUAUUGUUGCUAACUGUUAAUACACAGUGGUUUUGUAAGAUAUAUCACAACCAUAUUUUAAAGAAAUCCAUGAUAUUGUUUAUAUUUUUGUUAUCGAAACUGUGGCUUUUUCUUAAAAGRAUGAGACCAUAAACCUUUUUAUCCCUCCUCGUCCCCCACCCCCACACCCCUACACAAACUUUUUUUGUUGUUGAUUUUGUUUUUGAUAAAUUAUUUUGUACUGUUUCCAUUUCCUUAAUAAUCUGUAAGGCUAGAAAUCCAAUUUCUUAUCACUUUAGCGUUGUGCUUCAUUAACCAGCGUGGGUUUUAUCGAAACGUAUUAUUUGUUCCAGCUGAGAGCGCCGACGUGUUUCAGGUCACAAGGAGACAUUGUGUUAACAUCCCAAAGCCACUUUUUUUURCCCCCUACUUCACCAUCCAAGUUGAAAUCCCGUGGAAGUUGUCAUCAUUUCAGCGUUUGUUCUUGCUUUCAAGAAAGCCAGCUUGGUGUUUCAUGCAGCACCCCAAGUGUGUAGUUGGACGAUCACGAUAAAAGGCCAUUUCUUUGGAAGAUGUUUCGAGAAAAAUUAAAAAUAACACACAAAAAAAAGUCAUAGAAAGGAAGGGCACGUUCUUAGGUCUGGCUUAAGAGAUGCUAAAGGCGAGGCUUACCAAACGUCCCAAGGUUGUCUGUAUAUAUAUGUAAAUUAUUAUAGAGACACGUGAACAGAAAUUAAUUAAUUUUCCUUGGGAAUGUGCAUUGUUUCUUCUUAAUAUGGUAAAAAAAAAAGCUUGCAACCCCUCUACUGGACGUGGCUGAAUAUGGAAAAAUGAAACAUGUUAGUUAGUGUCUGUUGGUAUUUCAGCAUUUUUGUUGCCCUGCCUCUGUAAUAUACUUUCACCUCUUUUGUUAGGGAAACUGGGACAGCUGUGUUUUACUAUUUAGCCUACAUGUUCUAGUCUCACCGGCAUACUUCGAGGUGCUAAAGCUAAAAAAUAAAAAUACAAAAAGAGAACAACAAAAGGUUACAAACCACUUGGAAGUGAGGAAUAACUUGGUGGUUAGGGAUGAGGUCCAGAAGACUGUAACCAAAUCCAUACGUUUGUACAAUUUUUGAUAUCAUGAACAGUUGGAAAAAUGAUAACAAUCUACGGUGAUUCAUGCAAUGUGGCCAUUGUCUCUAUGUUUGUACAUUGUAUGUACAAUCAUUUCAUACUCUAAACUGGUCAGAAAAUAAAGGAACUAAUUGUGAUUUUUAGUCUUGCAGAACUGUAUGUAGUUAGACGAUGUGACAACCUAAUAUUUAUCUAAUAAAUAUGUAUUCAGAUGA